AAAAAAAAUCAAUCACAAUUUCUAGCUGCGACCUUCCUAUGGGGACUUCAAAUCCGAGUAUUUCAACCCCACCGACGUUCUCCUCCUCCUUCUCCGCCGCUGCCCGUUCCUCCAUCGUCAAACAGAAACAGGUUUUUUUGCACGAAUGGUGGCUCGAGAAAGCUCAUCCAAGUUCGGCUGGCAGACGACUAAGCGUUGGAGGCUGCACCGAGAGACUAGGAACAAGAAUUUUUCACUCAUCAGCUGUUCUGAAAAGGUAUGAUACUGUGACUCUUGGGACGGCAGACGGCAUUCUAGUCAAAAUUUGUGGUGCUAUCAAUAAGUCUCGAACACAUGAAAAUGGAUUCCCGCUAGAGGUUUGCUUUCGUUUCCUUUAUGGAUUUCCGUUUGACUGGGAAGAGUUUGCUAACCAGUCCUUUGCUGAAGAAUCAACUAACAGAGCUAUUCUUCAAGGAUUGUCUAAUUUGGAUGGACAUGAAGCAUCUUCUGUCGACGGUUUAAACAGGUUUUCACCAAAGUCCUUUGAUGACCUCCCUGUGGCUCUUUUACGUGAUUUCUCAGAUUCGUCUGUUGAAUAUUCUGCUACCUGUGAACUCUGGAAAAGUACGUUCAAAGAUAUAUUGCAAAAGUAUGGAGACAGUGUAAAAGAUCAUGCAAUGACGGAAAUUUCUUCUGAGGAAGAAACUCCAAGGAAGCAGAAGAACAGCAAAGGUGAGCAUGAUAUCUCUAUCAGAAAAGACAGAAUAACAAAAGAUCAGGUGAUGGCAGAAAGUUCUUCCGUAGAAAUCCCGAAUGAACAUGAGAAGAGUAUGGUUAAGCAGAAUAACAAACGAGAGCAUGAUAUGCCUAAACGAAGAAGUAGACGAAUAAAGCUACAGAAUUUUACUCUUGACAAAAGCACAUCAUCUGCUUCAAAUGUUGAAAGAAAGGGUCCUCGUACCAGGAGCAGUACUCAAAACUCAACCAGUAAGCAUGAAGAGAGUGUUUCAGUAACAAAUGCUGGAAAUACUGUUUUCAAUGGGACUGAGAUAACCAGAAAGUUGAAGUUAAGAAAUCGGUUUGUAGAAGUGCAUGUAAAGCGUAUUCAAUAGGUUCCAAGCUGGUGCAAAAUGCUUCAACUCAGCUGUAGGUAUGCAUAUUGUGGGGGCAGACAUUAGCAGAAACACUGGUAAGAUCUGCAGUUGACAUAUGUAGGAGCAGAAGAGAAUGAAAUUAGUAAGUGCUAUGAGCAGGUUGCUAUUAGAGAUGCGAAAUGGGCAGUAAAAUUGGUCGGCUAUAUGUUCAUAAAAUCAUAUAACUCUAAAAUUAUUUGGUUACCCUGUUUAGUUGAAGCUAAAUGUGAGACAUCUCGCUGAACAUUUGCAGCCACCUUGUUUCUUAAUUCCUAGUGAUGUUCCAAUGCAUUCUGCAACUGCUUAAGAAUUGGGUUAAUGUUUGUCUGA